AAAAGCGAUCUUGGGCCAGGGGCCAUAUCAGAAGUAAGAAGAUUUUCUUUUUAUCACCUUCGUGUUCUAUUCUGAAUAUGGAAGAUGCAAAAGGCAAGAAGUGUAAGUCCAAAAAGAAGUCAGGGGGGAAGAAAAUGGCUUCCAAAUUCCAACCAGUAAAAGCUGAAGAGGAACAUCAGGCUGCUGGUGAAUCAAGUACAGAAAGAACCUCAGGGAAGGAAAACAAACGGAAAAGGUCUAAGAAAGAUGACAAAGCAUCCCAUCCACAAGAGAUGGCACAAGACAAUGAGAGAGUCAGAAUUCGGAAGAAGAUACCAAUUCCUCCGUUGCCCCUUAAAUUGCCACCAGUUGACGUGCUUCACCGAGAUAUCGUGAGGGCUUGGUGCCAGCAGUUAAAGCUGAGCACCAAGGGCUUGAAAGUGGAAGCGUAUAAGAGGCUGUGUGAAUAUGCUUACCCUAAUCAAACGUAUAUUCCUGUCUCCUCAAGGGAGGCCAGGGUGUUGACAGAAUCUAAAAGGAAAUUGAAGAUGGAAAAGGAGGGAAUAACUCUGGAAAGUUUUGGUCUUCCUGAAGUGACUGCUCCCCCUGAGGAGGGGGUGCCCUAUCUUGGAGGGGCUACUGCUCUCCUUGAGGGAAUGGACAGUGCUGUCGUGACAACUUCCACGCCAGAAGCUGUGUUUGCCUCCUGGAGCAGAAUCGCAGCCAGUGCUGGGCAGAUGGAGACACUACAGUCACCACAAGAGGCCUCUGGUGUUAGGUGGUGUGUGGUCCAUGGGCGAAGUCUCCCUGCAGACACAGAAGGUUGGGUUAAGCUACAGUUUUAUGCUGGGCAAGCCUGGGUUCCUGAAAAACGAGGGAAAGUGUGUGCACUCUUCUUGCUACCUACCUGCAGCCUUCCACCCCCGCACCUGGAGGACAAUAUGUUGUGCCCCAAAUGUGUUCAUAGGAACAAGGUAUUGAUGAAGAGCCUCCAGUGAGAUUAUAAUGCCAAGAAAAAGAGUACAGGUACGAUUGUAAUUAGCAGUAGAAAGGUGACUACGAUGAACUCCACAGUGCCACUGAUAUUGAACUCCAGGCUGCUCGGACACCCUCCAUGCUUCCUGCUCACGGGGCCCACAGACUGGCGGGAACGGGUGUUACCUUCAGACUCCCAACAUGCCUGCCACUUCAUUGCUGGGAUAUAGACGUUUACAUUUUAAAAUGGAAAAAAAAUCAUUUAAAAAAUUAUCAUUCAUCACAGUGAAUAAGAUGAAAAAGUCACACCAUCAAACCACUAUCCUUCUGAAUCAGAAGUGACCACCGCAGCAGCUCCUCUACGGUG